AGGAAGAAAAGCUACGAAACUUCUUGGUUGAUCCUGACUUCGAACUCUCUCUCUCUGUUUUCUUCUCAAUUGCUUAAAACGAUUUGGGAAUUGGGAUCAAUAGCUUUCAGAUACGGCCAUGAAUAUCUUCACCAAGAAACCCACUGCCAAAGAGGCUCUUCGGGCGAGUAAGAGAGAGAUGAACAAUGCCACCAGAGGUAUUGAGAAGGAAAUUGGAGGAUUGCAACUGGAAGAAAAAAAGCUUCUUGCCGAGAUAAAGAGAACUGCUAAAACAGGGAAUGAGGCGGCAACUAGAACUCUAGCCCGGCAGCUAGUCCGGCUCAGGCAGCAGAUAGCCAACUUACAAGGUAGUCGAGCUCAAAUGAGAGGCAUAUCAACUCAUACACAGGCUAUGCAUGCUCAAUCUUCAGUUGCCGUUGGCAUUCAGGGUGCCACUAAGGCAAUGUCAGCCAUAAAUAAGCAAAUGGCCCCUGAAAAGCAAGCAAAAGUCAUCCGGGAGUUCCAGAAGCAAUCUGCACAAAUGGAUAUGACUACUGAAAUGAUGUCUGAUGCAAUAGACGAUGCCUUGGAUGAUGAUGAGGCGGAAGAGGAGAUUGAUGACCUGACAAACCAGGUGCUAGAUGACAUUGGCGUUGAUAUUGCCUCACAGUUGUCAAUGGCUCCGAAAGGAAGAAUUGCAACAAAGAAAACCGAGGAUGCUAGCAGUUCCGGUAUUGACGAGCUCGAGCAUCGGUUAGCAGCUCUAAGAAAUCCAUGAACUGAAGUUUCCAACUCAUUUUUUCCCACCCUCUGGAAUCUAUCUCUUUGAACUAUGUAAAGCUUUACUACUCUCUAUACAUAUUUUAUGAUUAUUGCUAUUUGGUACCUUAAGGUGUCCAACACUAUAUGAGAUGACACCUUAUGGUUGACUAGCGACACUCCAUAAUUUUUAUUAAAAUCAAAUAUGUGGGACCCGAUAUUGGAUUCUACCAAUAACGAUAUGCCACCUCCUUGUAGUGUUGGGCAUCAAUGGUGCUUCUUAGCAUUUCUCAUAUUUUAUGGUUACUUAUGCGGUCACCCAUUUCAGCUUGUAAUUUUUUAGUUCAUACACAAAUUAAAGGUGACAUGAUUGUACAAAGUCCAAAGAUCAAUAUUUAAAUAUCUUUUACCAUUGAAUUUAAUGUAAUGAGAUCUGGUUCAUGACUC